AUGAGGAAGAUCCUCAUCUGUGCAUCCGUGUGGAUAAUCCCUACAAUCACUGCUUCCACAGCCGCGGGACUGAACGAGAUUAAACCGGUCAGCGGAAACUGGUGCUGGAUAUCCGGUAAACGAACGGACUUGCGAUAUGCGCUUGGCCAUGGAUGGCGCUUCGCCAUUAUCUUUGUCACGAUUGGAAUUUAUUCCUAUAUUUGGAUAUACAUGCGCCGACACUUCAGGGAGCUGAAGAUGGUCACAAGCACUCGAUCGAAGACCAACGGAAGCUCCCUUCCACGACGCCCUUUCGGACAGAAAGACGCCUUUGAAUUAAGAAGCGAGUCGCAGACUGAACUGCAUGAGAUCAACGUUGAAUAUCGCUUCGAGGUUAGCCACGCGCAGCAAGGGCCCGCACACCAGGGUGCUACCACACAUGUUGACCUCGAGGCUCGCGACGGCGCCAACAGUGAGAAGGCAAUCUCAGUCCUAUCGGAUAAAGGCAAGAACAGCGUCCCAAACUCUCCAACGCGCACUACGAUUGUGGAGACAACAACAGAAGCCGCCCAGCCCGGAAGCCCGAUCCAACGGCGAACACGCGACGUGGAGCGGGAGAUCAAGAAAAUGUUGCUUCUGAAUGCGUAUCCGGUGCUAUACGUCAUUCUCUGGACACCCGGCUUGCUCAACAGAUUGGUAGAGGCAACUGGCCACAAAAGCCGAGUGCUGUCAAUCAUGCAAGCCUCGACGCAAUUCAUCGGACUCGCGAACGCAAUCACCUAUGGCAUCAACGGAGACCUUAGGAAGUCUCUCCAGUCUGAUGUCCGAAGAUUCUUCAGGAGAAGGUGA